ACAAAGAAAAAUCAAGAUCACAACAUCUGCAGGGAAUUUUCGCAGUAUUGACCAUUACCAGAAGUGUAUGGUUGAUGCGUUCCCGUUACAAAAAAAAGUCGCCAAUCUCCUAAAGACGCCAGUUUUAGAACCAAGUCACUGAAGGGUCAACUGAAUCUGGUAUAGAGAGAGAAAGAGAGUGUAGAGAGAGAGAGCCAUUUCUUGAAUUUACGGACUAUAAAAGGAAGCUUCUGUUAGAUUUGCUGCAACUACACAAAAAUCCAUUAUUGAUUUUUUCAAAAGAGAAGGCACUUGUUCAUGCGUUAAAGAUGGCUAUUAUUCAUGCAUUUGAAGAGGUUUAUGCAUUAUGUUGCAUUAAUAUCCGGGAAUAACUUUCAACUUGAAUCAAAUUACUGGGAAUGGUGCCAUCAAGGACGCAAUUGUUAUUUGUAGUUAUUUUAUUGGCAUGUUUACGUUCUUUUGUAUCGCCUAAUCCGCAAGGAGAUGCACUCUAUGCAUUGAAGAAUUCACUGAAUGCUUCAGCUAACCAGCUCAAAGAUUGGAAUCAGUAUCAAGUGAAUCCAUGCACUUGGUCCAAAAUUAGCUGUGACUCUAGUAAUAAUGUCAUUUCUGUAUCAUUAUCGUCCAUGGGAUUUUUUGGAGUUUUGUCCCCUGAAAUAGGAGCUCUGACGACUCUUACGCAAAUGUAUGUUUUAUUGCAAGGAAACAGAAUAACUGGUGGGAUACCAAAAGAGUUUGGAAAUUUGACAAGCCUGACAAUGUUAAAUUUGGAAAGUAACCAUUUAACUGGUGAAAUACCACCAUCCCUUGGCAAUCUUAAGAAGCUUCAGUUCUUGUUUUUGAAUCAAAACAAUCUCACAGGGGCUAUUCCUGAAUCACUUUCAAGUCUUCCAAACUUGAGUAAUCUUCAGCUUGCUUCGAAUGGUCUCAGCGGUCAAAUACCUGAGCUUUUAUUCCAAGUUUCAAAUUACAAUUUUACAGGGAACCAAUUGAAUUGUGGCAUGAAUUUCUCCCACCCUUGUGAAUCUGUCAGCGGCGAUACUUCACGUAAACCAAGGAUUGGAAGAAUACUUGGGAUUGUUGGCGGGUUUUUGGGUCUUAUUCUUUUUGGAGCUGUGCUGUUGUUUUUAUGGAAGAGAGGGCAAAAAGGCUACAAGCGUGAAGUUUUUGUAGAUGUUGCAGGUGAAGUUGACCGUAGAAUUCCAUUUGGCCAAUUGAGAAGAUUUGCAUGGAGGGAAUUACAGCUAGCUACAAACAACUUCAAUGAGAAAAAUGUCCUUGGACAGGGAGGUUUUGGAAAAGUUUAUAAAGGAGUGCUUUCAGAUAACACCAAAGUUGCUGUGAAACGUUUAAGUGAAUUUGACAGUCCUGGUGGAGAUGCUGCGUUCCAGAGUGAAGUUGAAAUGAUAAGUGUAGCUGUUCACAGGAACCUAUUACGGCUGAUUGGUUUCUGUACAACACCAACUGAACGCCUUUUAGUGUAUCCAUUUAUGCAGAACUUAAGUGUUGCCUGUCGUCUUCGAGAGCUUAAACCAGGGCAACCCAUUUUAGAUUGGUCUACAAGAAAAAGAGUGGCUAUAGGCACAGCACGUGGGCUGGAGUACCUUCAUGAACAUUGUAAUCCCAAGAUUAUCCAUAGGGAUGUCAAGGCUGCUAAUGUAUUACUAGAUGAAGAUUUUGAAGCAGUUGUUGGUGACUUUGGCCUGGCAAAGUUGGUGGAUGUGAGGAGGACUAAUGUGACAACUCAAGUUCGCGGGACAAUGGGUCACAUAGCGCCUGAAUACUUGUCCACUGGGAAGUCUUCAGAGAGGACAGAUGUUUUUGGUUACGGGGUUAUGCUUCUGGAGCUUGUAACAGGUCAACGGGCUAUAGACUUUGCACGCCUAGAAGAAGAAGAUGAUGUUUUAUUGCUUGACCAUGUCAAGAAGUUGGAGAGGGAAAAAAGACUGGAUGCUAUAGUAGAUGGCAACCUAAAUAGUGACUACAACAUCAAUGAAGUGGAGAUGGUGAUUCAGGUAGCAUUACUCUGCACCCAAUCGUCACCAGAGGAGCGUCCAGCAAUGUCAGAAGUGGUCCGGAUGCUGGAAGGAGAAGGGCUGGCUGAGAGGUGGGAAGAAUGGCAGCAUGUUGAAGUUACCCGUAAGCAAGAGUAUGAGAGGCUACAGAGAAGAUUCAACUGGCAAGAAGAUACUAAUUACAACCAAGAUGCUAUGGAGUUGUCUGGUGGAAGAUGAGUUUCUGUGUAAUGAGAAACACAGGUAAGAUGAGAAGAGAUGAGCCAUUUUUAUCAGACUUUUAAAAGCAUUUCCCUCCCAGUUUUCUCAGCAGUUUUCCUGAUUGGCGCCAUAGAAAAUGGGGUGGCAUUAACUGAAACAGCGGCUUUAACGCAAGCUUCCAUGUAUCUUUGCCCGCCAUUGUCUACCAUCAACUUGUCAAUCUCAUUUCUCGAUCUUUGAUCAUCCAGAAGAUACUGUGGUGUCUUCUCCAAGUCUCUUUGUUCCAUUUCUUCUAGGUUGAUUCUGCACUUGUUAUAGUCGGCACCUGCCAUUGCAAGAGCUUCUAUUGACAUGGCUUUGUUGAAAAAUCUCUCGAUAUAUAUGUAUAUAUAGAUAGAUAUAUAUAUUUCUGAAAGCUAAAUAUCUAAAUUUUUUUGGAGUGAUUUGAAACAGACAAUGGUAGAGCAUUUAUAAAUGCUUUGGAAUAGUUCUAACUGCACUUUACAGAAACACGGGUGUUGCAGGUGAAAAGUUUAUGAGUGACCUUUAACUGUGAAAAAAAUUAAUACAAGAGUGUUUACCAAUAAAUGGUGUUUACAGA